AUGUCGCUUUCUUUUUUCUCUUCUUCUUAUUUUUCCAGGGGAUUCGGAUUCGUGACGUUCCAGGAUCCAGGGAGUGUCGACAAAGUCCUGGCGAUCGGGACUCACGAGCUGGACGGCAAAAAGGUUUGGUUUUCCUGUGCCCUGGGAAGGAUCCCCCGGAAAGGAUCCUCGGAGUGUAACGCCGUGUUUCUUCUUUUCCAGAUCGACCCGAAAGUCGCCUUUCCGAGACGGGCGCAUCCGAAGAUGGUGACCAGGACAAAGAAGAUCUUUGUGGGAGGCUUGUCUGCUCCCACUACUCUGGAGGAUGUCAAGAACUACUUUGAGCAGUUUGGCAAGAUUGAAGACGCGAUGCUGAUGUUCGACAAGCAGACCAACAGGCAUCGAGGUGAGUCGAGCGACAUCUAG